UGUCACAUGCCGAAAUCUUCCAUUCUUUAUUAGAAAAACUUUAAAUAUUUGAAAAAAAAAUGAAAUUGCUAGUCAAAACAAUUUACACCGUGUAUAUGGGAAAACUUGCCAUGUAAAAUACAUGAAGCUAUUUUAUAGUGAAAAUGAUUACAUAUUUCACUUUUCAUGCUGAAAUUAAAUGUAAACACAUAAAAAACCUGUACGAAGAAGGAUUUUCUUACGUAAUUAUAAAGAAGAGAAUCCCACCUUCGAUGGAGCGAUAUCACAUCUUUAAAUUAGGCCUGGCCAUUCUCUUUUAUGCAGCUUAUUGUUUUAGACCAAUGCUAGUCUACGGUUUGAAAGCCGACGACAACCUAGAGCAAAACAGAAAAAUACAAAAUGCCAACAAUGACUACUUUCAAUACCUCCAAGGUAUUGAAGGUAAACCAAAAAGGGACUACCCUGCUUAUUCCUACAUUCCUAGGACAUCUUUUAGCUGUAGAGGCAUCAAAUCUGGAUAUUAUGCUGAUCUAGAGACUGAAUGUCAGGUAUUUCACAUAUGCGAAGAUGGAAGAAAAAUCUCGUUCUUAUGUCCCAAUGGUACCAUAUUCCAACAAAAAGAGCUUAUAUGUGAAUGGUGGAACAAAGUAAAUUGUACCAACUCACCUAAUCUCUAUGAGGAAAGUGCUGAAAAGCUUCAGAAUGACAUUGCUAGAAGGAAAGCUUCAAGAAAAAACGAUUCUUUAAAUGUUGAAUUUAACCAUGGAGCUGUUAUGAGAACUGAAGAACGUGUCUCAACCAGAAGCAGAUACAACCGACCAAGUCAAACGAAGAAUACCAACAGAAUACCUAACAAUAACGACAUAGAACAACACAUUGAACAAGCAGAAUCAAAUAACAGGCACCUAGCAAAUGCCCAAAGAAACUUAAAUCAAAUUUACCAAUCUGAAAGAACUUCUAAAUCCAAACAAACCAAAAAAGAUAUUGAACAAGAAACUGGGAAUUUUGGAACUAACAACAAUUAUGACACGGAACAGAAUAGACAGAUUAAGAAAAUAGAUGUUAAUUCAAAAAAUGAUUUUAGUUUUGGUGAAAAAAUUGGUAAUUCUGGUACAUCUUUCAGAGGAAGUACUAAGUACACAACGAAAAACAAAGAAGAAAGAGUUACGGAAGAAAGAAAUUCUUUUAGCACCCAAAGAACUAAGAUUUAUAACCAUAAUUAUUUUAGUACUAGUGAAGAUACAUUAGAAGAUGGAUCAAAUAAUAAUAAGCCUAAAACACAACAAAAUACAAACUUCGGAAAAAAUAAUUUCAAUUCAAAUGUAAAUUCUGGUGUACCAAAUAACAUAAAUCAUUAUUCUUCUACCAGAAGUCCUGCUGAUUCUUCAUAUUCAAGAAAUCUUGAAACUUCCAAUAACAACUAUCUUUCUCCUACUUCCACAGAGUCGUCAAACCCAAAUAUUGUCUCUACUUAUCAUACAGCAUCUUCAUCUACCUACAAACCCCAAUAUCAACAAAAUUAUGGUUCUUCUAAGGCUCCAAAUUACGAAGUUCCUCCUUCAACACAUCGAUCAGUAGUAUCUACACCCAGGAGUGUGAAUCAAGCUUCAUAUAAUUCUUUCCAAAAUCAAAUACCUGUAAAAAUAAUAAAUGACGAAACCGCACAAAGAAAGAAUUUUGAAACUGAAUCAAACAACAGUCAGGAACUUGAGACACAAGUCCCUGAAGAAUCUUCAUCUUUCGUUAAAAAUUCGUUUAACAGCAUCAGAGAUGGUACCUAUAAAACAUCUUCUGGUAUAUCCAAUCAUCGAAGUACAUACUCUGAUGUAAAAGACCUUAGUUUUCUUGAAGCACCUAAGGUUUCAGCUAUAUCCUCUAUUACACCGCAUCUAGUUACUACCCAGCCGAUUAACAGCGGUAAACCUUUCGUAGGUAGUAGAAUUGGGACAACUUUACUACCAAACCAACCUACAACUCAGUCAAAGUACACUUAUUUACCCAAAAACGAUAACAAGGACUUGUUCAACCUUGGCAGUACCGAUAAAACCCUUCCUCCCAUUUACACUACUACAGCGUUAACAAAUCCUAUUCCAACAGAACCUUUUAAUCUCGGAAACACCGAUAGUACCCUUUCAACGAAUGUACCCCUUAAUUAUCACACUACAACUUAUAAACCUUUGGAUUUACCAGUACCUGAACAAGGAUCUUUUAAUACUGGACCACGUGAACCUGUGUAUGAACCACCUUUUAUCAAGAAAACGGUACCACUACUCUACCAAUCUAACUCAACUGAAGCACCAUCAAAUCAAGCUACUGUAUAUGGUACUUUCGUCUCUACCAACACGCCUUACAGUCCUACAGUACCAACUGUAACACCAAGUAAUUCUUUUUAUCCUAGUACCAACCACGGAAUACCUAUAAGGUUUGAGAAAGGACAGGAUAAGGUGUCAGUGCAGUUGUCAAAGAAUAUUUUUGGUGAGAGACAGCCGAUUAAAACUAGUGGUGAUGAGUAUGUGAGAUUUAAUACUCAAGUGAGGGUUAGAGGAGAUGGUAGUAGUACUACUCCAGCUAGUAGUACUCAACAGAAUGGGUUCUUUCUUACUAGGGAUUAUAAUAGUGGUUUUAAUUCUCCUAUUCAGAGGGCAAAGGCGUUUGAGAAGAGUAAUGAUUUUGUCCAAGAUAUAAAUAAAAUUAAUCUAAACCAAAACCAGAAAACAAAACCUGUAUUUCCAUCGUAUGAAAUCUCAAGUCCAAGACCUUUUGGUACCCAACAAGGACCCACAGACCCUACUCCAUACACCACAACCGGAUCACCACCAACUUCAGGAAACGUCUACGAUAACUUAGACAACAUGAUCGGAGUCCUUCAGGAAAUUGCUUCUUACAACACUGCCCAAAACAACGAAGUACCAUCCAGAAGUGGCUUGGUGAUUCCCCCAAGCGUUGGACCGCAAACUCUUCAUUCUCUCGCACAGUACUUUGCUAAUGAAGUUGGUGAAAACGAAGCUGAAUUGGAAGGGGAUGCCAAGGAGAGACUGACAGGGUUGUUGACAGCUAUGACAGUUCAUGGGUAUAACAACUUAUUUAAUUCUGAAUCUACUUCUACAACUACAUCUCCGACAACAUCAAGUGCUUCUACUACAAUCCUAACAGAUUCAAGAAUUGGAAAUGAUAAUAUUCAAACAAAUACUGCACAAGUAACUGAGCCUACUAAUGUCAAUGAAAAUGACUUACUGUCAACCACCGCUUUGCCAGAGUUACGUCAAUUGGCACGUAAUUUCUCUUUGGCAUUGUCCAGUUAUUUGAACAAUCCAGAGAAUUUCAGAAAAACUUUGGAAAGCUUUAGGCCUACAGAACCACCCCCAUUAGAAGGUACAGAUAUACCAGAUACUAUAUCUAAUGCUGACGAAGAAAUACUGAAUUUCUCCGACCAGGACAUCAAACCAAGCACUUCAACUUUUGCACCCUCACCAACAUGGGGCUUCAUUGUCGCUUCCGGUGGUGACAAAUCCGUAUCGGAAGAAGUGAAGAACUCUCUGAAUCCUGAUCUGAACACUGCAGAUUCUCAGUCUUUUGUACCUCGGUUCAAUGCUGUUAAUGUUGCCGAGAAACAACCACAGAGUCGUAGUAGUUUCACUGAUUUACCCCCAGGGCAUUGGACUACUAGUCCUAGGGCAACUACUUUGUGGCAAAAGACUUUAUCGAUUAAUCCAGCAAUACUGAAUGAUAACCUUGAUUCAUCGACUCAAUUGCCAUCUGAUGAUGGACAGACUGAACCAGAACUAUACAACCAAGAAACUUUUAAUACAAAUAUCGGACAACCUCACUCUGAAAUUAACUACGAAUUACGAGAAUUGCCAUCUUUGAGUCUCAAUUCGACACAGGUGCACGGUAUUUUGAUUGACUUCAUGAACACCUCAAAACAGGACGAGCACAAUCGUCUACAUCGUAUUUUGAAGAAACUGAACACUUCAGAAGAAGAAUUCUUAAACAAAAUGAAGGAAAUCGAAUCCAAUCCUUUGACCAAACGACUGAUUUUGCUGCUUAUUAGCGAAUGCGGUUCUGAUUUGUCCAAGGACCUCAAGAAUAGUGAAGUAAGCAGUCCUGUAGUUCCCAGUAAUAGUGAAGUAAAACGAGAAAAUCAUAAUUUGGACAGGCUAGUUCAUGAAGAUCUUAAAGAAGAUAGACAAGAUGCGAGGGCACUGCAGCUAUUGAAUAGUUUGUACCAUAUUGCCUCCAGGUUUGGUAAAAAACGAUAACACUGUUCAUCUAAACGAAUAUUUCGUUGAUAAAAAUGGUUUUUAAAAAGGCGAAUGUCAUAAAGAAACGUAGCUUAUUGACACCUUCAACAGCUUCAACUUAAAAAAUAAGAAUGAAGUUGACAGUUAUUACUUUUGAAAUUAAUAAAGCAAUAAUUUGAACGUUCACAAAACAUUAUGCUGCUCUCUAUUUAUUUGAUUGUGUUACUUAUUAUUUAAAAACAUAACUAUUUUGUGUAUUCAUUAUUCAGCAAUGCCUUUUACUCAGCAAUGUUUCUGAUUACUCAUUACUAUUAAUAGCACUUACUUAGUACACAAAGUAGUAGCGGUAAAAAGUAACACAUCCGCGCAGUAUUCAUUGUAAUAGCGAUACUAUGAAAUGUACUUUACUAAAUAAUGAAUAAAAUGAAGUAUUCAUUAGCAGUAAUGAAUAUCUUUGAUUGGGCAUUUAGUAUCAAUAAUGAAUACUUUGAUGUACCGUAUGAUCGAAAAUAAACGGCGUCAGCGAUGGCUAUGAAAUGAAGAUCGCUGUCAUUUUACAUUAUGUAAAUUUAUAUGGGCAAUGUCAUCGAUGUUCAUUUCAUAGCCAUCGCUGACGCCGUUUUUAUUCGAUCAUCCGGUAUAUAUUCGUUGUUGAGACUAUGAUGUCUUAAAUCAUUUGAAUGAUAAUCAGUUAUCUGCUAUAGCAUAACAAUAAAGAAGACACUUUGAGAACGUCUUUAUUCCCCAAAAAAUAUAAUUAAAAAAAUGUGCAUUUUAAAUUCAACUUUUCUCUAUUUUUGUUGCUUAUUAUCUAUGACUUAUUUAUACACAAAAAUAAUAAUUACUAUCAAUAAAUUCGUAAUAUCUUUACAAAUAAAACUGAAAUUCGAUUUAUUAACUUUAAAAAUAAAUAACAAAAAUAUUAUUUUUCUGCAGGGUAAAAUAUAACAAAGUAGAGUUUACAGAGAAAAUUUGAAAAAAAUGCUUUUAAUUAUAUUUAAUAAAAUUACCUAAUAUGCUGAUUUACUAUUAAAUUAUAAAAUUUAUAAUUUGUCACAACUAUGAACAGAUUUUUGACUUUAAUUUAAAAUAACAUUUAUUUGCCUUUUUAAUUAGAAAAUACAUUAAAACUGGAAAUUUAUGCUCAAAAGCGUUUUUGUUGCCUUUAAUGAUUAAUAUUCCUAUAUUUAAUUUAUUCAGUGUUAGUAAUAAGUAGCAAGUUUUAUAGUUUUUAUUAUCAGAAUUUUAAAAUAGUUAUUAGUUAAACAUACAGGGCAUUUUAUACGACAAUUGUUUUUAACACAACGAAGAUAUAAUAAGAAUGAAUUAUUUAAGUAAUAAUUUUAUCUUAGAGAAAAACUUCAUAAUUAAUAGUUAAACAAAAUAUAUAGUGACUUUCUGCUAUAAUCAAAUGAGCUAAACAGCCAUCAAGGGAUACAAUCUAUAUUGGUUUCAUUAUUUAUUUAUACUGAUUUAUGUAUAUAGUAUAGAAACCUACUAAUAUAUGUGAAAAAUCAACUUAAUUAUAGUAUUUUUACAGGUAUACAUAAUAUGUACUUAUUUUAUAUAAAUAUUAUAAGAUUA